CAAAAAACAAAUUAAAUAGUGUUUUUGCCUGGUAUACCAAAAUAAAUAUAAAUUUCAGUAGUUUAUGAUUUAAACCAGUCUGUACCUGUGCGAGGCGACAUUAUAUGUGAAUAGGACAUGGCAUGUCAGCGUUUUUUAAAUUUCCGGCCUACUGAUACACCAUUAUGGCGAAAACGAGACAAAAAAUAUGAAGUGCUACCUACGGUCGAAGAAAUGAUAAAAGAUAUUGUCAAUUUUUAUUCUAUAUGGUCGAAGAAAGAAAGAACUGCAGAGAAGGAUAGCUUUGCCGAGACAAAACGUGAAAUGAUGAUGGAAUUCCUGUUCAGACUUCAACAAGAUGAAAAUAUAGGAUUAGACGAAAAAGAUAAAUUUGAACAUGUUGUCAAUGACGAGUUGAAAUCCUUUGAAAAAACUGGACAAAAACGAAAAUGCCCAGAGUCUACAGUCGACACUCCACGUCAUAGCAACUGUAAUGAGUCUUCUAGUGAAAAACAAAGGAGCGACCAAGACAGCUUACCAAAUACUGCCGAUAUUAAAGAUUUUUUUAAUUUUUUUCCGACAGAUAAAGACAGCAAGAAAGACAAUAAAAUGAUCGAAACUAGAAAUUUACUGCGGGGCUACAGGCAUUUAAAACAUGAAGUUAAAGAGUUGUCAGUUGAAGAACAAUCUAGUUAUAUUGGUGAAAUUGAUGUCGAGAUAUGCAUACAGAAAUGUCAUGAAGUUCUAAUGCGUGAUUUGCCCUAUAAAACUAAAACUGAUGCUGGAAAAUUCAGUGUUUUACAAAGAGUUACCAAUUUUGAUGGAGAAGAUUUCUUGUAUCCAUGGUUUGCAACGGAAGAAGUUGCCUUUCAGGCAGUUGAUACAAUAGUCUUGGAGUAUAACAAAAUGGUAAUGGAAAUAUCAACAAAGGAAGAUAAACAAGAACAAAUUGAUCUUUCUCUUAAAUGUGCUACUGUCAUGCUUUUUGCGUUUUUAUCACUUCAUCCAUUUUCUAACGGAAAUGGGCGACUUGCGCGAUUAUUAUGCAGUCAUUGCUUAAAAGUAUUUUGUCCUUUUCCAACUCCGAUUUAUAACGUGUUUUCUCAAUCCAAUAAAGACGAUUAUCUAAAAGCAGUUGUUAACGCUAGACAGAAUAUAAAGAGCGACAAAAACCAAAAAAAAAAAAACCAAAAAAAAAUGGAUAGCGAUUGUGCAAUGAAACAUGCACAGAUGAUUUUAGAACAAAAACCUAAUGAACUUUGUUCUCUGGUUAUAGAAAGUAACUGGUUUACAUGGCGACAAUUUCUACAUAGAAUAGGAGAAGACAUUGAACUAUUUGAUUUCGAAAGACAGACUCGGGAAAUAAUUGCAUCUUAAUAUUUUUGAUUCAAAGCGUAAAAUAGUAUUCAUGUUUGAAUGGUUUAAUACUAUUUAUUUUUGGGCCUUUUAUAUUUUUAUAUAUUGUGUACAAAUUGUUAUUGGAUUGAGAGUUGUCUCAUUGGCACUUAUACCACAUCUUCUUAUAUUUAUCAAAUGAAUUUCUAUUUAUUCCUAAAUUUUAGCGUCUUUAACAAUGUUUAUUGACCAAGAUAAGUUCAAGUUUUGACAUAAACUAAUUUAGGCGACUGAAGUGUGUAAAUAUUUCUUCCGAUGUACUUCGAAACAGGCAGAAGCCAUCCCUAACCGUUCCUUUCGUGAAUCGAUAGAUACGUCCCUAUAACUUUCAAAAAGAGACCGGAUAUGUUUAUGCAUGCAUCACCCGCACUUCGAAUCCAUGUUCAGUCAACAUGUGAUUACGACUCACUCGGUUAAGUGACAGAUUAGACUACUGCAGAGUUAUAUAAAGUAUAAAUCCUCGAAAACAUGCCGAUGAUAACAACAACAUUUCAUACCACGUUUUGUGAAAGAACAGCAUCCAUUCCUCUAUAUGACUUACAUCCGUAUUCAAAAGAAAUUCGAUUAUAUUCAGAAGGAUUUAAAAAAAAAAAAAAGAUGCCUUAUGGAGUAUUGCAAACAUCUGGCAGUUUAUAUUUGAAAUUGAAUGGCUUUAGCAAUCCAUGAAAAUAUUUUUUUCUUCACAAUGCAGAAGUUAUGAAGUAAAAUACAAUUGUUAAAAAUAACGAUGUUCUUAAUGAAAAUAUAUUAUAAUUAUGAAAUUUUAUUAAACAUAUUGAAUGGC